AUGGGAAUGGAAUAUGAUUAUUCAAUUGAAUAUUUACAAGAACGAUUAACUACAUAUGAAGAAUUAUUGGAAACUUUGAAUUUUAAAUCAACACAAGAAGCUGAAAAUUUAGAAAAAUUUGAUUUAGAUAAAUUAGUUCAUUCAACAACUGCUGAUGAUUUUGAUGAAGAUGAAGAUGAAGAUGAGUACGACGAAACAAAAGCACAAAAAAAACAACCAACAACUUUAAUGGAACAAUAUUAUCAUGAUUUAUUAAAAUGUGAAUUUCAGCAACUUCUAAUCACCAGAAGAGGUGGUGAUUAUGAUUUAGAAGACCCAACUGAACAUAUACGACAAAAGCUAAUAGAGUUGUGCCAACAUCUAUCAGAAUCAAUUGCUAAACGAUUUGAAGAUAUUCCAGAGAUUUUUGUAUUAAUGAAAAACUGUUUAGAUGCUGCAUUUUUAUAUCAGCAAGUAGUAUUGGAUAAGACACAAACAAUUGUUGAUUAUGGUAAAAAUGAAUUUCAAAAACUAAUUCCCUAG